AUGCAUGCAGAGGUUCGUUCCGUGCACGUUGCAGCGGCACACGGAGGGUGCCUGCUUGUCUGCCGGCCGGAGCGCCGUCCCCAAUGCCGCCCCCUGGACUGGCCAGUCGCUCCGUCCCGAGAACGGUGCCGGAGCCCCGACCGGCUGCCGCAGCGUGCCUGCAAAGCAGGGCGACCCCCGGCGGACACCUACACAGCGCGGCAAAAUGGCACCGAGGCUGCUCCCGGGUUCCCUCCCACCCCCACCGAUCACUGUCGGAGCGCGCCUCUGCGCGGAUGCAGAGCGAAACGCCGGAUUGGUGGCCUAGAGACAGCCGGUUCCUUCGACGGGAGCGUUUUCCCUCCACUGAAAGGAUUCUCUCUCCAGGACCACCUUGCAGCUUCACCCUUGAAUGUUUCACAUCUUUGUCUUCUGCUCCUUCCCGUUUUUUGUUCCAAAAAACCAGCACUACCUCUGCGUUGCUAUGCUCACAAAGCAGAGAUCACAGAUGAAGAACUGGACGCUCGCUGGGUGAUGUUCUUCAACAAACCUGAUAUUGAUGAUUGGGAACUCAGGAAAGGUAUUAACACCUUAGUCGAUGCAGACAUGGUUCCUGAACCAAAAAUUGUUGAUGCGGCUUUGAGGGCAUGCAGGCGGCUAAAUGACUUUGCUACCACAAUCCGCAUCUUGGAAAUGGUAAAGUACAAAUCGGGCAGAUACAGGGAUAUAUAUCCAUACGUUAUCCAGGAACUUAGACCAACUUUGAAUGAAUUGGGAAUUUCAACUCCAGAAGAACUUGACAUGGACAAAGCAUAAACUUAACAAUGGACUUCCCAUGAGAAUACCGUUAAGGUUCUGUGACUGUACAACAAUUACCUGGAUAUUAUAGACAUUAUAAUUACUUAUUUGAAAUCACUUCUUCCUUUUAUUGAGUCCUGGAUAUGUAUUGUGAAGUUGACCUAAUAAAGAGGAAAUGGUUUGAAUUGA